GGUUGCGGGGCGGGCGGCGGCCCCUCCUUUUUCCUCCACGUCACGGGGUGGGGGUGCGGGUGCGCCCCCGCCAUCGCCGCACGCGCGCCCGCGAGCCGCCGAGCGCGCCCCGCCCGGGACAGCCACGCACCGAAUGAAGAGACACAAGUGUCCCUACAAAUGUCCAUCACGAAGGAAGAUCUUGAUCCUGUGUGUUACGGGGUGGCUGAUUGCACUGCUGAAGCUUCUCCAUGUCGAAAGACACUUUUUUCCCUCUAAGGGCAUUUAUUUGGUUGAGCACUUCUUGAGCACUUCUUCUUACGUUACAAACAGGUAUUCCCACCUUAGAAAUGAGAUCCAGUAUGAGAUUAAUUGUUCAUCUAUAUAUGAACAAGAUCCCCAUGAAAUUGGCAAGAGUUUAGAGAUAAGAAGAAAAGAGAUAAUUGAUUUAGCUGAUGAAGAUGUCGUAGCAAUGACAAGUGCUUGCCAUGUGUAUCGUUCACUUAGGAAAUACCACCUUAAACCUGUUUCUCCUGAGGAGGAGAAUUUUCCAAUUGCCUAUUCUUUGGUUGUUCACAAAGAUGCAGUAAUGGUAGAAAGACUUAUACAUUCACUGUACAGUCAUCAAAAUAUUUACUGCAUCCAUUAUGACCAAAAAGCAGCAAAAAGUUUCAAAUCUGCUGUGAACAAUCUGGCUAAAUGUUUCCCCAAUAUUUUCAUUGCGUCAAAAUUGGAGACAGUGGACUAUGCACAUAUUUCACGUCUGCAAGCAGAUUUCAAUUGUUUGUCUGAUUUGAUGGACUCCUCAGUUCCCUGGAAGUACGUUAUUAAUUUGUGUGGCCAAGAUUUUCCUCUGAGGUCAAAUUUUGAAUUAGUCGCUGAACUGAAGAAACUCGGUGGAGGAAACAUGCUGGAAACUAUAAAGCCAAGCAGCAGCAAAAGAGAACGAUUUACUUAUCACUAUGAACUUAUGAAAGUGCCUUAUGAAUACAUGCAGAUGCCUGUAAAAACCAACAUUUCCAAGAAUCCGCCACCUCAUGAUAUUGAGGUAUUUGUAGGCAGUGCCUAUUUUGUUCUAAGCCGAGCAUUUAUUCAAUAUACCCUUGAAAGCUCUCUUGCAAAAGAUUUUUUUGAGUGGUCAAGGGAUACAUACUCUCCAGAUGAACAUUUCUGGGCCACUCUUGUACGUGUUCCUGGAGUCCCUGGGGAAGUUCCAAGGUCAGCCCAGGACAUAACAGACCUACAAAGCAAAACUCGUCUGGUGAAAUGGAAUUACCUUGAAGACCAUUUGUAUCCUCCCUGCACUGGUACCCACCUUCGCAGUGUCUGCAUCUAUGGGGCCGCAGAGUUAAGAUGGCUUCUGAAUUAUGGGCACUGGUUCGCCAACAAGUUUGACUCCAAAGUAGACCCUGUCCUGGUAAAAUGCUUGGCAGAAAAACUGGCAGAACAACAGAGAGAGUAUGAAACAAAGACCUCUGUAUCUGCUACCUCAGGAAAACUGGAAGUGCCCAGCUCACAGACAAAACCAAGAGAUCCGCAUGACACCAAAUGAGCCAUGUGGCCUCACCUGAAGUCCCAAACUGCCUGUCUGUGGGAGCUAACAAAGACCUUUGCAAUGUGACUAUGACUGGAUGAUACAAGGGAAAGAUCCUUAGAUACCAUGUUGUCUGUAGCAUCGUUCUCUUCUCCCAGCUCAUUUGUCCAUUACUUUUCCUUCUGUGAAGCGUGUGCUCAGGUGCUGUGCCCUGCCUAUGAAAUCAGUGGUUGUUGAUUGAAGCAGAAUUAGGUGGUGUUAUCCUCUGAAGGCAGUAUACAAGCAUGCCCUACAGGCAGUCUCUGCAGCCCCUUACAGUAGACAUCCAUGCCAAAAGAGGUUGAUCUUCAUUUCUCCCUCUGCCUGUAGAAAUAUCUUCCUCUGUGUGUGUACUGGGUUUGCAUGGUAGAGUUUUGGUGGUGGGGGGGCUGCAGGGGGGGCUUCUGUGAGAAGUUACUAGAAGCUUUCCCCAUGUCCAAUGGAGCCAGUGCCAAGGCUGAGGCCAUCAGCAGUGGUGGUGGUGCCUCUGGGAUAGCAUAUUAAGAAGGGGGGGGGGGGGGGCGGGGAGGGCAGGGUGAAAUCUGUGCCAGCAUAAGAGAAGAGUGAGGCUGUGUGAGAGCAACAACCCUGCAGACCCCCAGGCCAGUGCAGAGGGAGGGCAGGAGGUGCUCCAGGCAUCAGAGCAGAGAGAUUCCUCUGCAGCCCGUGGUGAAGACCAUGGUGGGGCAGCCUGUGCCCCUGCAGCCCAUGGAGGUCCACAGUGGAGCAGAUAUCCACCUGCAGCCUGUGGAGGACUCCAUGCCACAGCAGGUGGUUUCCUAAAGGAGAUGGUGACCCCAGGGGAAGCCCGUGCUGGGGCAGGUUUGCUGGCAGGACCUGUGGACACUGGAGCAGUCUGAUCCUGAAGGGUGGCACAUCACAGAAGCGUUGCACGCUGGAGCAGUGUGUGAAGAACUGUAGCCUGUGAAGAGGAAUCAUGCUGGAGUUUAUGGAGAACUGUCUCCUGUGGGAGGGACCCCAAGCUGGAACAGGGGAAUAGUUUGAGGAGGAGGGAGCGGCAGAGACGGCGUGUGAUGAACUGGCCGCAACCCCCAUUUCCCAACCUUCUGUACUGCUCUGGGGGAGGAGGCAGAGAAAUUGGGAAUUAAGUUAAGCCUGGGAAGAAGGAAGGGGUAGGGGGAAAGUGUUGUGGGUUUUUUCUGAUUUGAUCAGCAAUGAAUUAAACCAAUUUCCCCAAGUCAAGUCUGUUUUACCUGUGAUGGCAAUUGCUGAGUGGUCUCUCCCUGUCCUUAUCUUGAACACAGAGCCUUUCGUUAUAUUUUCUCUCCCCUGUCUGGCUGAGGACAGGAGUGAUAGCGUGGCUUUGGUGGGCACCUGGUGUCUAGCCAGGAUCAACCCACAGGCACUCUGAAAUCCCAGUCCUCUUGAGACAGUAUGUCUACACACUGUAGGUAACAAGUGCUAUUUCUAAUUAGCGUUCCUCAGUGUGAUGCUACGAUGAAAUGCAAAACAUGUGAAGUCAAGUGGUAAUCGUAAGAACAGCCAUAUUGAACAAAUGAAGACCUUGUGCAGAAGUGUCUUUGUGUGCAAGUCUUGUUGCCUUGUGCCACCAUGAUCCCAGGCUGAUGGGGGCCUGAGCAAGCCUUGGUUGAGCUGCAGAGCAUCUGUUCUCUGACAGCCUCUGCUUCCCAUGGCCGUGCCAGGCCUCCUUGGUAGCGAAGCAGCUCAGGGGCCUCCUCGCAGCUGGGUCCCCAUGCUGCAGCAUGAGAGAAGUUUGUUAAUCCAGGGGUCUGCAGAAACUCCUGCAACUCAGGAACACCUCUUGGCAUUUUGGGGGUUUGUCUGGGAUGUUGCUGUGCCACAAGUUCAGUUUCGGUGAUUCCAGUGGACCCUGGGAUCUAGCUUGCUCCACGCCACUGUCCUCUUUCUACCCAUCUGGCUUUUAUUAAGGGGCCUCUUCCCACAAGUGACUUGGGGAUAUCUCGUCUUAUUGAUCCACAAAUGGUUGCAAUAACGACCAUGUCUCAUACCCAUGACCAAUUUUGGGUUUUUAUUUGAGUUGAAAGAAUGAAGUAAUUUUUUGGUCUCAGUUUUUGUUUAUAAAUGUACUCAUGGUCAAGUCAUCUGUGGCUUGAGAUUGGGUUUGAGAGUCAGGAAUCAUGGGCCUUUUUCCCCAUUUGUAACACUGAUUUCUUAUGAGACCACAUCUAAGUUUUCUGUUCCAGCUGUUCUAGCUGUAAAAUGGGAACAAUUAUGUUCUAUUACCUUGCUAAACACUUCAAAACCUAUGGGUGUUGCGGGUGGGUUGCACAGUACUAAUUGCUUAUUAAGCUAUUUAUGGAGUCUGUGGAUGCACAGGUCAAGUACUUCUUUGAUGUACUGAUUCUGAAAUAAAUGAAGCUUAUUUUUAAA